AUGGAGGCAAACUCUGUUACUGUUCAGCCGAGCAUCGACAGCUGCGAUGACAUAUCGGAAGGAAUAAGUAACGGAACAUACCACCUACUACGUACUACUAUGCGGAAUAGCAAACGGCGACACUACGACAGACGCGCAAAUUUGGAACCUGGCAUCGACGAUUGCAAAACACUGCUGGGGCGAAUGUCGCAUUGUGCUAAACAACGGAGCGAAGAAUGGAAACGAGCUAGGGCGGUCAAUGGUUUAGAAGCGGAGUACAAAAAGCCAUUACUAUCUGAACUGGUCGUUGCCAUCUCCCUGGAUCAGGGCUCCAAGACGGGACGCGCCAGCUUGGGCGACCUGGCAAUAUCCCGGCCCUCGUGCUUCCUUCGAGUAUCAUGGCAGCUAGGCACCGGUAGGAUGUUACAGCUGAACAAUUUGACAUGA